GGUAUUUUCAAUAUGCACCUAGCAUCUGACGGUACCUUGAACAACAAAACACACAUAGCUACUGUUAACAUGGAAAAUGGUGCAUGCGUACUUGGAACGGUACCAAAUGAUGAAACACGUUGUGCAUUAUUAGGAAAUCUCUUUCUGUCUGAAGGACAUGCCGGAUCUGUAUUGCGUGUCCAUUGUGCAACUAGACAUGGACCUAAAGAUUUUAUUGCAAGCAUCAGGACAGCUUUGAGUGAACAUUAUGGAGACCAAGUUGUGGGUCUUGGAGGAACUUUUCUUUUAAAGCAAGGCCGUGCCAGGCAGCAUGUUAUGACAGAUUUUUCUGAAACUCCUAUUUAUACUGAAGAACAACUAAAUGCAUGGUUAAGAUUCUUUCAAAUGGAGGCUCCUUUAGUGGCAGUUGGCACCUUGGUUACUGCAGUCACAGAUCUUGAUUUAAGAGUUCAGCACUUUCACAGCUUCAGCGACCAUGGUCUGGGUGGUCAUUAUCACAUUGAUACUACUCCUGAUUCUGUGGAGUAUCUGGGAUAUUUCAAUGUUGCUAAAAAAAUCAUGAGGCUGGAUAGACCUGAAAAAACUCACAUGUUUGGAAGGGAUUGAUUAGUAGAAUUCAUUGAUGAAAAUUGGUAUGAGAACAACAUUGUGAUUAUCAACACAGGUAUAACUAAUUUACUC